AUGCUAUUGACACGAGGGGCAGAUCCAAAUCAAGUCGCUCGCCACGGGUUCACCCCUCUGAUUCAGGCUAUCAUCAAUGGAUACCUCGAUCUGGCUGCAGUAUUGCUGGGGGAAGGUUGCAACGUGGAGCAACCCGAUAUCCAGGGCGACCGACCCCUUGUCUGGGCUGUCGUAUUGAAUGAUCUCGCAAUGGUCAAUUUUCUUUUCUCUUACCAUGCAAAGAUCAAUCCAUCAGCAAAGAAAGAGGCGGAGCGCUCACCGCUCGUCUGGGCUGUCAUGAGAAGGGCUGUGGAGAUGGUGCAGCUCCUGCUAUGCCAUGGCGCCAGUAUUGGUCAAACAACACAGGGCCGUCAAGCGCCUCUGAUGUGGGCCGUCAUACACCGCAACACAUCAGUGGCUGAACUUCUUCUCCAAUACGGCGCACCCCCGAACGAGCCUGGUUUCAGCGGCGAGACAGCCCUGGUGUGGGCCCUGUUGAACAACGAUAGGGAAAUGGUGCAGCUGCUACUGAAGUAUAAGGCUUGUCCGGAAGUUAUGAAGCGAGACGAAUGGUUCGCGUUACCGCUUCCCGCCAUGCCUGACAGAAUAUCUCUAACUGGUCGGUCGAUCAAAGUGUCUGGAAAUCUGUACGAUGGCAUCCUGUCCUAA